AUGAGUGUCCCUGCUCCAAGUUCUGCAGACACGAUAUCGGCGCCACACACUUCUGCGUCUAGGCCUUCAACGCAAAACCAGUCGUCACAACCACAGCAAGCACAGCAAGCACAACCACAAGCUCCACAACAGCCGACCUCUCAGGAAAAGAAGGAGGCGAUAGUACCUCGUGAUGUACGAUUGCUCCAUUUAAUAUUUGCCACUCAAGGAAUACAGAACUAUCAAGACCACGUGCCGCUACAAUUGAUGGAUUUUGCUCACAGAUACACCAAGUCCAUUUUGAAGGAUGCACUUGUAUACAACGACCAUGCCAAACCAGCUAGCUCGAAUGUGAAUUCAAACGCCAACGCAACGGUUAAUACAGAUGACAUUAGACUUGCCAUUGCCGCGAGGGGAAAUUACCAAUUCAAGCCGGUGCCGCCAAAGGAACUAAUGUUGGAGUUGGCACAAGAGAGAAAUUCCAAGCCCUUGCCUCCAGUGAUACCGAAGUGGGGGUUAAAUUUGCCUCCUGAAAAGUAUUGUUUGACGGCAAAGGAUUGGGAGAGUGUCUAUGACGAGCCUGAAGGUGAUGAAAUAGGCGGGCAGAAGAAAAAGUCUAAACCCAAUUAG